AUGAGUUUCAUAUGGAGGAGCAUCUUAAACAGAUCACAGCGGUGCCUCUUGACCAUCGCAGCAGCUCCUCCACCCUGUAGGCUGCUCCACAUAGGCCAGCGAGCCUCCCUCUCUAAAGCUUUCUCCUUCCAGGAUGUGGAGCUGUUCGCCAAACUGACAGGUGACACCAACCCCCUCCACCUUGACCCGGCCUACGCCAGCCAGACCUCCUUCGAGGCACCCAUCGUGCACGGCGUCCUCAUCAAUGGCCUGAUCUCGGCUGUGCUCGGCACCAGAAUGCCCGGCCAUGGCUGCGUCUUCCUGCACCAGGAGAUCCGCUUCCCAGCACCUCUGUAUGUUGACGAGGAGGUGCUGGCAGAAGCCGAGGUCGUCAAGAUCAAGAUGUCCUUCGCCUUGAUUGCGGUGACAUGCUCGGUAAAGGACAAGAUGGUGAUGCAGGGGGAGGUGAUGGUGAUGAUGCCAGAGAAUCAGCAGAAGAUGGGUUGA